GAUUGCCUCAGUAUCACAGAGUAGGUCUAACAAUUCGGUCGACAUAUUGAGAGAAAAGUACGAUAAAAAUUAAAAUAUUUGUGCAUUUCGUGAUAAAUUCUUAAACAAAAUCGCAUUGUAAAUCAUUUCGCUGUGCUAAAUUUGAAGUUUAUUAAUAGUUAGUUGUUAUAUAAAUCAGUUUGUCUGUUCUUCGAGCGCAUAGCUGCACCAUCUAAAUCAAAAGAAAAGAAACUACAAAGAUGUCGGACAAUUCGGCUGUCUCUGGCGUACUGAAUGCUGUGCUGUGCGGCGUGACUGGGUAUGGGUUCUACGCGAUGCAGCCGCAGGAACAUCCAUUUGCGUUCUCUGCCUGCUUGAUUGGCUUUUGCCAUGGUCUGUUGGGACUGAUCGACAUUUUCGUUGGAAAUGAUAACACACACAAAGCCAAGAAGACGACUAAUGCCAUUAUGGAGGUUGUUCCCUUGCCGCUAGUCAAUAUGGAGCUAUUCUUUAGCGGCGAAAGCAACAACAUUGCGUUGGGACACGGGCUGUUCAUUGUGCCUAUGGCCAUAUCUGUGCUGGCCGGCCUAAUCAAGGGCGAAGGGGAGGAGGUGGACGAAGCGAUUGAUACAUUGAAGCUAUUGACCAUGUUGGGCAACAUAACCUCUCUCUGCUAUCUGGCCAUCAACGAGGGCUCCAUGAUUAUGGGCGGCAUGGCUGUCCUCGCCUUCCUCACCAAGAUUGGAUCCGAGUAUCUGGAGACACAGAUUGAGGGCUCCGGCGAUCCAGUCAAGUACCUCAGCUGGUCUGGAUUCUACUUGCUGGCCACCUUCGCCGUUGGCGGCGAGAAGUGAUUUGCACACCCAAAGUUAUGAAUGAAGUAUACCCAAAAAUGAAGUAGCACAAAACAAGUAAAACAAUUCCGUUGGGCCUAAUUGAUGAUAUUGACUAUAGCUAUGGAUAUUUAUGGAUUUGCACAUUUCCCGGAUUAACAAACUGAAAAAUUGAUUAAUAUGCGACUGCCGUUUGAAUUUGAUGAUUAAAUAUCUUAAAGCGAAUCGACGUUCGGACUCAAGCUUAAAUUGAAUCAUGCGUAGAAAAAUUAAUUUAAAAUUCUUUCAUAUGUUAUGAAAAUAUUUCAUCUUGAUUCACUUCAGAUAUAAAACAAAUAUUACAAAUUAAUAGAAUACAUUUAGCAAUAACCAAAAA